CAUCCACCCAUUGUGUUUCAGCUCACCUCUCCAAUUCCAAGCAAUCCAACUGCCCGAUUAAUUUGCUUUCUGCGGUUAUACCACAUCCUCACAUUCCUCCUCCGGUCAAUAUACAAAAUUCUUAUUCAGGACCCGAAAAUCAAGAUUCAUGAUCGCUCCGCGCUCCCUGCACCGCCCCUUCAUUUCCAAUUUCGGGGCUGGGAGAAAGUUUCUCAGGACAUUGUUGAAUGAUUCUGUUCAUAUAACUAGUAGGAAUGGAAAAGCUUUAUGGAGGCCUAGAUUUUUGUGUUCUCAACCUUCUCCAAAGUAUGUGCAGAGAACCUACCAGAUCUCACCUUCUGGAGCUUCAAUGGAAAAUAAAGAAAUUCCUAAAAACUUUUUAAGAGACAAAUUGAUGGUUCCUAAUUCAGAUCCUCCGAAAGACGAUGAUGUUGGUCUUCUGUAUCAGUUCUUUGACAAAAGCUCAAAGCUUGUUGUCUUGACUGGAGCUGGAAUAAGUACAGAGAGUGGAAUUCCUGAUUACAGAAGCCCAAAUGGAGCCUACAGUACUGGUUUCCGGCCAAUUACCCAUCAGGAAUUUCUUCGUUCCAAUCAUGCCCGAAGGCGUUAUUGGGCUAGGAGCUAUGCAGGAUGGAGAAGAUUUACUGCAGCACAGCCAGGACCAGCACAUGUUGCCUUAGCUUCUCUAGAGAAAACUGGGCUUAUAAGUUAUAUGAUGACACAGAAUGUAGACCGGCUGCAUCAUCGAGCUGGCAGCAACCCUCUUGAGUUGCAUGGGACUGUUUAUGUAGUUGUUUGUACAGAUUGUGGGUUUUCUCUUUCUCGAACAUUAUUUCAGGAUCAAGUGAAAACUCUUAAUCCUAAGUGGGCAGAAGCUAUUGAAAGUCUGGAUUAUGACAGCCGUUCCGACAAGAGCUUUGGAAUGAAGCAAAGGCCAGAUGGGGAUAUUGAGAUUGAUGAGAAGUUCUGGGAGGAGGAAUUCCAUAUCCCUAAUUGUCAGAAAUGCAAUGGAAUACUAAAACCUGAUGUUGUGUUUUUUGGGGAUAAUGUUCCAAAGGGUAGGGCAGAUAGAGCAAUGGAAGCCUCAAAACAAUGUGAUGCUUUCCUUGUACUAGGUUCAUCGCUGAUGACCAUGUCUGCUUUCCGUCUUGUCAAGGCUGCUCAUGAGGCUGGUGCUUCUACUGCAAUUGUAAAUGUUGGUGUCACCAGGGCUGAUGAUUUUGUUCCCUUGAAAAUUAAUGCUCGACUAGGCGAAAUAUUACCGAGAUUACUUUCAGUUGGAUCCCUUGGCAUCCCCCCUACCAUGUAGCACAUUCACGAAAUCUAGUUUGCAAAUUUCAAACUAAAGCCGAUGUUUGCCAUAGAGAAUGUCAUGAAUAUGGAGACAAACCAUAGGGAGAUGGGGCACAUGAGGGAAGAUCAAUAAAUCUGCUAGUCGUGCACACGAGGAGUAUUGUUAUUAUUAUUAUUGUUACUUUUUUUUUUUGUCAAUGUCCAUAUAUGUUGUCUUAAAUUACAAUUAGGAGACUCAUGUUCUGCCCCAGCAAAAUCAAUGAGGCAAAAUCCUUCUGCUCAAUAAAUAUAUAUAGACUGGCAAUAUGCAGAACUGGGAGCCACAAAUGUACCAUAAUAUGGAAUAACUUGAUAUUGUAAUAUGCAGAAUUGUUCUCAUUUAUUA